AUGAGGGAUUCACUGUGGAUACUAAUAGUCGGCAUAUUGGUGUUUGUACUUGUACUGGUGCUGCUUUUAUGUUUCACCAAGGGAAGCGGCGAUACUCUCUUUCUCACUGGGCCUGACGAUCCUGAAACGGCAUGUGCAUUCAGAGAAACACCGGCAUUGUUGGCUACUCUUUCUGAAGAUGCGAGGAUUAGUUAUGAACAAGCCAAAGUCUUUCAACAACGAUAUCCACCCAACAGCAUACCAACCGAUAUCACACUCUCACAACUGGUAUCCAUUCAAGAAAAAGGCGUAUCAGCAUUCGAGUUUGAGUUGAAUAUGGAAUCAAAUGGAUUCGUAUCAGCACGUACAGAACUUCAGUUUCUAAGUGGUGAAUCAUGCUUUCAAACCAACCUUCCUCUUCCAAGAAAUCAAGAUGUUUAUUAUUGGGAAGCAAAGUUAUUUGAAAAACCAGCAACAACCACGGUGGCUAUUGGCGUUGCUACAAAGCCAUACCCUCAUUUCAGGCUGCCAGGAUGGAAUCAGCAUUCGAUUGCCUAUUUCAGCAACACCGGAUGCAAGUAUUUCAGUAAUCCAUUUCAUGAUAAGCCCUAUGGACCACCCUUACAACAAGGAGAUGUGCUAGGAGUCGGCUAUCGUCAUCGUUCAGGCACUAUCUUUUUCACUCGCAAUGGUCGACGCUUGGAUGAUGCUUGUAUGGGGUUGAGGUGGAACCUAUUUCCAACCAUUGGUGCCAAUGGUCCAUGUCAGAUCCAUGUCAAUUUUGGGCAAUUAGGGUUUGUUUUUGUUGAGGCGAAUAUCAAGAAAUGGGGAUUAGCGCCUGUGCAUGGUACCCUUGCUCCUCCCCCAGCUUAUGGGCUGGAAGCGGAUUCAUUAUUACUUGAACGUGGUGACGAUAGUAGCAGGACCACCACAACAAUGACCAACAACAACAACAACAACAACAAUGAGCGACAACCUCUCUUAAUGCCGCCGCCGCAGCAGCAAUUGUAUCCUCCGCCCCCAGCAUACAACACGUUUUCCUGA